AUGCCUAGAACCGAAAACUACUUUGUGUUAGAUCCGAGAGAAGCUACCGCCUCGGAUCUCAUUCGUCUUCUCUUUUCCUCGGAUCUUGGGGAUAGAAAAUUCAUCAAUUCUUCGGAAGAGAGGCAUGAGGAUGUUUCUUGUAGAUUCCGGCGACGGUGGAUCAUCUUUGUAUCCAUCGUUGUUCAGAAACUUAUGAUUUUUCUUAAAAAACCUCUCUUCUUCUUGGGAUUAGCUAUUGCUUUUUGGCUCAACCUUUUUUCUUCUAAUGGUGGCUUCUUCAUGAUACUCCCAAAUCUUUUAAGAGGAAAUAUUAUUUGGCCAGAAAAAUCAUCGGCAACAUUUGCAUCGGUAAUUGGAAACCUAGACCGGAGAUUAGAGUUAGACCGGAGGUUAGAGGGAGGAAGUGAAAGAUACAAAGCAAUGUUGUCAAUUAUGGCUUCAAAGCUAUCUUACGAGAACAUUGACUUUGUCAAUUCCGUUCUACACAACCAUUGGAAGAUGGACUUAUUGGGGUUCUACAGCUGUUGGAAUGGUUACCAAAAACAUAAGUCCACCGAAGUGAUUGUUAUAAAGGACACAAGCACAAAUCCGAACCUCAUUGUCGUUAGUUUUCGAGGUACCGAUCCUUUCGACGCCGAUGAUUGGUGUACCGACUUGGAUCUCUCAUGGUACGAGGUUAAGAAAGUAGGAAAGAUCCACGGUGGAUUCAUGAAAGCUCUAGGUCUUCAAAAAGAAGGAUGGCCUAAAGAAGUAAACGUAGAGCAAACCCAAGAUCAAGAAACAACUCAAUAUGCAUACUACACUAUUAGGCGUUGCUUGAAAGAUAUUAUCGAACAAAACCCGACUUCGAAGUUUAUCCUGACCGGACAUAGCCUAGGUGGAGCCUUAGCGAUCUUAUUCACGGCCUUGUUGGUGAUGCAUGACGAGGAGAAAAUGUUGGAGAGGCUCGAAGGAGUUUACACAUUUGGGCAACCACGCGUAGGAGACGAGGAGUUUGGGAAUUUCAUGAAAGAUGCGUUGGAGAAAUUCGAUGUGAAUUACAAAAGAUAUGUUUAUUGCAAUGACAUGGUUCCUAGGUUGCCUUUUGACGACAAAACACUAAUGUUCAAACAUUUUGGACCAUGCCUUUACUUUGAUAGUUUCUACAGAGGAAAGGUAGAGGAAGAGGAGCCAAAUAAGAACUACUUCAAUAUUUUAUGGGCUAUACCAAAGAUUAUGAACGCAAUGUGGGAGCUGAUAAGGAGUUUCAUCAUACCGUAUUGGAUAGGUGAGGAGUACAAAGAAGGAUGGUUCUUGAGGUGUUUUCGGGUUGUCGGGUUAUUGAUUCCGGGAUUAUCUGCUCACGUUCCUAAUGAUUAUGUCAAUGUUACUCGAUUGGGAGAGUUACCUCUAUACUUUGGUGACUAG